CCCCGAUAACACAAGGACGUCGGAAUCCGGAAGCGGAUAGAAACACGCUUGUCAUCCUGAUUUGAGUAUAUGGUGUCGUGGCGUUGUCAACGGUAUCGCCCCAGAACUAUGAUUAUGGUGAUUCACAAAUGUCUUCAAGCUUUCGGGGCUUGAGACUCGACAACAGUACUUUGAACGGGCAUUCCUCUGUUGUAUAUGGCCAUUUUGGGGCGCGGGUGGACGACGGUGCGAAGAUAUACAGACCACCACUGCGCGCAUUGGAUCAAUAUCCCCGCAAAGAACUACGUUGUAAGUCUUCUCAGGUUAAACAGCUCAGUCAUCGGACAGUGAGUCACGCCGUAAUACAGCGGGUGGUAUUUGCUUCUGAUGUGCGCACGGCAGGCGACUCAUCAUACUUUGCAGUACCCAAAUUUCCCUGAUCGCUUUGUGCUUGAGGGCUUGCCCGUCCGAGAUGUUGCUACGGCUUAAUACAGUCCUAGUAUGUAAGGCUGUAUGUAGUAGUCCUUAACACAGAACAAGAAUGAUGAUACCUGCAGCCGAAGGUAAGGCCGUAGGCUACUCAUA